AGAAGAAGGCCGCACCUGAGCAGUUUGGAUCUGAAUGGCGGGAGGGACACACUGGACUGAAAGACACUAAUGACAGGUGAACACUGCUGCUACACACAUCAAGGAGGACCAUCAUCAUGCGACCAGACACCUCCGGCCUCAGAGUUGAACUCUCUGACAGAAGACGACUCUCCUUAUAAUGGAGGCACAUUUCCCAGAAUCCUCUCUGGAUGAUGAGCUCCAGCGCUCCAAAACUGAGGACGUGCAUUCACUGCAAGACCUGAACCAGGACACCCUACAGGAUCCUGAGAGUCUCAAACAGGAUCUGGAGCAACAAAGUCCUCACUCCAGUCCAGACCAGGUUCAGGGUGCAGACAGAGAUCAUACUGAAGACGAAGCAGAGAAUAAGAAAUGUGAUCCAGAUCCUCAGGACCACCUGGAGGAGCAGCGAGUAGACAAAAAUCCUGCAGGAGAUGGAGCUUCAGCGUCACCUCAAGGUCUGGACCGAGCCGAGCAUCAGGUACACACUGGCUCCGACCAAGACCAGGAUCGAAUGGACUGUAACCAGGAUCAGAAUCAGGACCAGGACCUGACACCAGCCAAUGAGGAGGCAUCUGAGGAGUCAGGUGGCAGCGUCCCAGCGCUGGUAAUCACUCAGGCAGAAGAGGCUGUGCGACCAGUAUCCACUGCCCCAGUGACACCAGCAGAGACUCCAGUAGAACCAGCAGAGAAAGCACAGAGACCUACAGACCUGGUGAUCCCAGUGAGCCCCACAGAGCCCAGUCUGAGCUCCAGCAGUGACGGAGGAGACAUGGCCUGCUCCGACCUCCUUUCUCUGAGGAGCGACUCCUUGUCUCUGGUCUCCAGGACGAGUGAGGAGGACGAUAUUGGGAGCGUUGCUGCUUCUUCUGUCAUGUCUCUGUUCCACAGGGUGCAGCUGGAUCCUCUGGAGAAGCACUGGCUGAGGAGCUCAGCUCUGGGGAACAUGGCUGCUCAGCGUCAGCUGCUCGCUCAGGAGCCCAGCCUCGUCCUGAAGAAGGAUUUCGUCUCUACGGCACUUCACUGGGCAGCCAAGCAGGGCUGUCGGGAGGCGGUGGACAUGAUGCUUCAGGCCGGAGCUGACGUCAACGUCAGAUCGCACGUAAGUGAGUUUCUGAACCAUUCUAGCAUCAGAGAUCUCCACCAAGACGAGCCAUCGUGUCACGCUCUUUCAGUAAAUCGAGCUCUGACAAAUGUUUCCUGGAGGGAAAUUUCCUCUGGCGUUGGUGUGAAAUGA